ACAAGCCUCUCCAUAGCAACUUAUACUUUCCUGGAUAACUUACAAUUUCGUUGUCUCCAUAUAGUUUGCUUUCAAAACAAACCACAUCGACUGUAAGCAAUGAACGAAAAGAAAUCGCAGAUCAAUAAGCCGCGUAAAAGAAAUUUUGUUGGUGAAAACACAAUACGAAAGACGACCGACUAUAUUCUAUCUGAAGAUUGCAUACCAUUCCACAUACCGCACAAAAGGCUGAAGGAAAGCGAUGAAGAGGACGUAAAAGUAUCGCAAUCAGGUUUGAUUAAAAAGAAUUAUGGGGGUCUACGUGCAAUGUUUGAUUCUAACAAAUUUGGACGGAAUACAUUACAUUCUCAAGAAUCGUUACUACAAACUUUUGAAAUUGUCGAUCUGAACCAGCUGAUCAAGGAAAAAGUUACGUCGUCCAAGGAAUAUGUUUUCAUUUAUCUGACCUACUCGAUUCCAAGGAGCAGUGAACAUUUCACCCCAUACAGUCUGAAAGAAGCCAAAUACAGCGAAAUCGAUCCAAAUGAAUUUUAUACGGUUGAUCGGGAAGGAGUGACCUAUUUCAGUCGCCGUGAAAAUCAUUUUACAAAAUUGCAAAUAUGGCAGACGGAAUAUGACUUAUAUAUGAAGAUGAUAAAGCUAAGAACAUUCAGCAAAUACCGGUUGUGGAAAGGAUUUAAAAUUUGGCAGAAGUCAAUCCAUUGGAGAAAGUAUUUGGAAGCGAGACAAUUUCUGGAAGAGCGAUUGUUUAUUGCGAAUCCAUGGUUGGCUGGAGCUAUUUUAACGUUUCGUAAGGAAUAUUGCGAGUUCGAAGGAAUCUGUUUCAUUGACGACACGACGAAACAGAACUUUGAGGUGUUCUAUUUUAUCGAAGCACAAAUGGCAGCUUUCGAGGCAUGCAAAAGUACUUUAACUGACUUCAGGAAUUCGACUGCGGAAGUCUUGUGUAAGAUUUGUGUAGACAUUAGUAGAACUUUACGCUGCCCUUAG